CCCGCCCGCCUCCCGCAUUCUGCGCCCAUCGCCAUCGCCCCCCGUACCUUCGACAACGGCAUCCUCGUCGCCACGCGAUCACCUUUUCAUCUCCAACGCAAGGACCAGACAGCGCAACGAGAUCUUUGAGAACGUCUUGAACGACACGGCUGCUGCUUCACGACGCGAUCUCAGCCUACGGCACCUAUCCCCCAUCACCCCCCGCACCCACGAUGGGUCCAGACAUGUCCCAGACACACCUCCGAAACAUUCCCGAAGGCGCACUUGGUGUCGGUCAGCAGGGAAUGCGUCCUCUCUUAUCGUAACUGAAGGUCGAAACAAGAUGUAUGCAUACCCGACCCGAAUAUCCAUGGUAAGUCGUCACUUGGGUGGAAAUACCUGACCUCCAAGGAAUGAAGGGGGGAACCUGGGAGAGACGUUUUAUGCAAUUCCGACUCGCCUCCGCCGCGUAUUGAGGUCUGUAGGACGUCGGGAAGGGCGUUUUGAAUAUGUGGCGUCGCGUUUGGUGC